AGAAAAAACGCCGUGAGGGGAAUGCAAAAAUGUAUUUAAUAUAUUUUAAUUAAUGUUACAAUUUUAAAUAUUGUCUGACAGACAUUGAGUCAAGCGACUGGUUUCACAAUAUAUCGUUAAUUAUUAUGCGACGUAAGCAGACUUUCAUAGAAAAACAAUAAAUUCUGUUAUGCAGCUUUGAUUCAAUAUAUGCAAAUCGAUAUUCAAUCUCGACUUGAGCAAUGCAGAGUUCACCCAACCCGACCACAGUGUCUCUUAUCGAUCACUGAUUCUCUAGUUAUUGAUCACGGGUCGAUGAUUUGGUAGUGAGAGCGAUUGGUUUCGGUUCCCCGUCGGGUAGUUAUCUUAUUCAUCAUGCUUCAACUAGGAGAUGGACUCACGCUAUUCUCGGUGGUCUUCGUCGUGGUUUUGCUGGGAACCAGAAGCGCCGUUUGGUCCACGGUACUUACGGCCUCCCUCUACCUCUUCCUGGUGAUGUUUCGUUUCCCUCCGGUCCCGUCUAGCCGGGCUAGACAGGUGCUACGCCCCGGGUCUACAGCCCCUACGGGCGGCGUCUCAGUGGUGGCGCACCGCGGUGGUGGACACGAUGCCCCCGAGAACACCAUAGCUGCUAUUCGGGCGGCCAGUAAGAACGGAGCCACAGGUGUGGAGCUUGAUCUGGAGUUCACUGCUGAUGGUGUUCCUAUACUGAUGCACGACGAUACCGUGGAGCGGACCACAAACGGAUCGGGUCCACUCAGCAAACUGCUCUUCUCUGAAGUGCGCAAAUUAGAUGCUGCAGCCAAACAUAGAUUCAGUGACCGCUUUCGGGGUGAGAAGAUUCCUACACUGCAGGAGGCUGUGGAAGAAUGCAUCAAACACAAGCUGACCAUCUACUUUGACGUUAAAAGUCACCCGGAUGAGGCCGCCGAAGCCCUGAAAGAGCUGUUUCAGAAAUAUCCGGUGCUCUACAACACCAGUAUUGUGUGCUCGUUUGAGCCCAAAGUCAUUUAUAGGAUGAGGCAGGCGGAUGCUGACGUUGUGACAGCAUUAACCCAUCGACCGUGGAGCCUGAGUCGAUUCGGCGACUGGACGCCACGGUUCUCAUCCGUAUGGAAGCAUCACUGGAUGCAGGUUCUGGAUGUGAUCCUCGACUGGGCUCAUCAUCACCUGCUGUGGAAUUUGUGUGGGGUCUCUGCAUUCCUAAUGCAGAAAAACUUCAUAUCCCAAGACUAUGUGAAGUACUGGGCUGACCGGGGAGUAGAGGUGGUGGCCUGGACAUUAAACACGGCUGUGGAGAAGCAGUAUUACCAGCAACUACUGAACAUUAACUACAUCACCGACAGUCUCGUAGAGGACUGUGAACCUCAUUAUUGAAAUAUAAAAUGACUAGUUGAGGUCCAACAAUA